AUGGAGGAUAUAUCGCUUCCCUCGCCACCGGCAGUCAGCGCCUUGCGUGAAUCAUUUGGUGAUAGUAAGCCGCCAGACAUUACUCGGAAGAUCACAGCAUGCGUGGCAUGUCGCAAACAGAAGGUGGUUAAAUGCCAUAUGCGAGAGGGACAGGCACCAUGUUCACGGUGCAAGAAGCGAGGUCUGCCAUGCACUGUGAACCGGAGUCUGCAAACACUACUAGAAGAAGAUGUGACAUGGAAAGGUGCAGUUGUACGAAAAAUUAAGCGACUUGAAGAUGCCAUUGCGAAGAUCGCAUCCAAAGUCGACCUCUCCGAUCUCGAUUUAAACCAAGCACGGCCAGAGGAAGCACCAGAGUCCAUGAGCCCGCCGGUAGUGGAGAUGACCAGUGCAGAGCACCCGUCGCCUAGCCCAGAGCCUCAAUCGAAAGAUGACCAGGAGGAAACCCAGACUUGGGAGGUGAUCAUGGACCCUCGGGGUGGUCCAGCAUCAAUACCGGCAUCUUGUCUUUCAGAAAGUAUAAAAGCAGCAAUGCACAGUCUACCACAAUCUCGGCGUCCUGACCUGAUAUCAACCGGGAUAAUCACAUUACGGCAAGCGUUGGCCCUGUUCGAUACAUAUCACUUGCGGUUAGAUCACUUCUUGUAUCGCAUACUUGGGGACCACAUCAGCCUGGACUCAGUACGAAUCGCGUCACCGCUCUUGACGGCAGCGGUUUGCACAGUUGGGGCUCUGCACUCCCCAUCUUUGGGUCACUUAUUCGAUACAUGCUAUGCAGAAUACAAGGACCUGGUGGCCACGCAAAUGUUCUCCAGGCAUGCCAAUGAAGAUGACAUUCGGGGACUAUGCAUUGGUGCCUUUUGGUUACAUGAGCUUUCCGGGAUCUACAAAGCCCUCAAGGGUGACCGAGAAGGCUAUAUCCAGGCGCGGCUUUACUACCUUGUCUACGUGUGCGACCAUCAUUUUUCCGUGGCAUACGGUCGACCUCCUAUGUCUCGCGAAGGUUUCAUCAUCGACUCGGCAAGUCGGCUUCUGGAGACUAGGAAUGCGACCGAGGAUGACGCCAGACUGAUCAGUCAAGUGAAGGAAUGGUCAAUCCUCGGUCAAGUCUUUGACACAUUUGGCGUGGACGUGGACACCGCCCUUGCCUCCGAGACAAUCCCCCAGCUUCGGCGAUACGCCAUCGCCUUGGAUACGUGGUUUUCCGAUUGGAAUGAGAGCUUUCGCGAGAACAGGAGGGUUGGAAACUACCCGCAAAAGGGCGUUGGUUUCCACUUCCAUUUUGCGAAGCUCUACCUCUGCUCUCAUACAUUCCGCGGCUUACCCGCGGGGGAAAAUGCCACGCGGUACUUCUCGCCCGCGUUAGAAGAAAUUGCCAAUACUGGUGUCCUAUCGGCCAUGUCGAUUCUUCGAGUCAUUGUCUCGGACGCAGAGUUCCGAUCGUUCAUGAAUGGUCUCCCAUUAUAUUUUAACACGAUGCUCGCAUUUGCGGUCGUCUUCCUCCUCAAGGUGGCUACCAAGUAUGCGAGCGUGAUUAGAAUCGACACUGCCAAAAUCCUUUCCCUUGUGACGCAAACGGUCGCUGCUUUGCGCGAGAUCACUCAGUCGAUGCACCGACAACAUCUACUUGUCGUCAUAACUGAGGGACUUGAAAGGCUGCUGCUUAGAUUUCAAGUUCCCGUCCAGACAACACAAGAAGCAGUCUACCAUGCAUCGCCGGCAAUGGAACCACCCACCCACCUCGAACUGAGCUGGAUGGAAAACAUGGCAAGCUUUGAUUUUCAGACUAACUUCCCUGACAUAGAUGACUGGUGGCUUCAUUAUAAUACAUCAAUAGGCCCUGGGCGUUCCAUAUGA